AUGGACAUCAACCUGCAGUCGCAUCGCUUCUACUUCCCGCAGAUCUACUGCGCCGAGCCAGGGGCGCAACCGCAGCUGAGCGAGUUCAAAGUCAGCGAGCAGAGCAUCUGCCAGGCGAGGGCCUCGGUCAUGGUCUACGACGACACCAGCAAGAAGUGGGUGCCCAUCAAACCGGGUCAGCAGGGCUUCAGUCGCAUCAAUAUCUACCACAAUACACCCAGCAACACCUUCAGGGUGGUGGGCGUCAAGCUGCAAGACCAGCAGGUGGUUAUCAACUACUCCAUCGUGAAGGGGCUGAAGUACAACCAGGCCACGCCAACCUUCCACCAAUGGAGGGACGCCAGGCAGGUGUACGGCCUCAAUUUUGCCAGCAAGGAGGAGGCUACCACCUUUUCCAACGCUAUGCUCUUCGCUCUUAGUGUACUCAGCGCCCAGGACGGAGGUCCAGCUGUGCAGCGUCAAGUCCAAAAUGGACCAAGCUCAGAAGAGAUCGAAGCCCAGAGAGCAAGGCAAAUGAUGGAACAGCAGCAGCAACAGAUGCAGGCCCACAUGGAGCGGGAGCGACGCUCCUCCAACUCAGGUUCUCCUUUCCAAGGCCACCCUGCUGUGCUGUCGGUGGCACCCCCGGUCGUACCUCCACCCGCGUGCAUGGCGGCGGGACCUCCGCCUCCGCCGCCACCCCCGGGUCCUCCUCCGCCCACUGCCGGGGCCACACCCCUGCCUCCACCACUGCCCAUCCAUGGAGACGAACUGCCAGCGCAGACGGGGCUCGCCGCCAUGCUAGCUGGAGCCAAGCUACGACGUGUGCAAAGACCUGAGGAGAACUCAUCCAACUCUUCCAAUUCAUCCAACGCCAAAAACAAUGAGGUGAACAGAACCAGCGGGGGCAACGGAGGACUAAUGGAGGAGAUGAAUGCUCUUUUGGCCCGAAGAAGAAAAGCAGCUUCAGAAAAGCCAGAUGACAACCAAAAUGACGACCCAAAUUCUUCCUCGCCCGGCACCCGGGGAGGUCAGAACGCCACAGAUGGAGCAAAAAAGCCGUGGGACCGAGCCAAUUCUGCGGAUAGGGCCAUGGCUUCAAGGAUACGGUCUGGGGGGAGCAGCAAUGACACAGAUUCGUUAGACAUGGAUAGAAUGAAACAGGAAAUUUUGGAUGAAGUGUUCCGCGAGUUGCACAAAGUGAAGGAAGAAAUUAUUGAUGCCCUUAGACACGAACUAAGUCGAGUGAGCACGACAUAA